GCUGUAGAAAUUUGUAUAUAAGGUUUCUGUUCAAAUCACAACUAUGUAUUCUGUCUGAAAAGAUUGCAUGAUGUCUAAAAGAUCCACAGAAUCAAGUCUUCUUGGAGUAGAGAAUGAAUUAGACCUAAAAUCACUUUUGAAGAAUCGUUUUUCUUGCGAUAAUGUUCACAGUUUUAUUGAUGAUAUAUUGCUCUCGAUCAAUCCUUGUAAAACAUUAUCGUCGGAUUAUGGCAAGGAUAAUAAUCUUUACGAGCAUGUUGCAACUACAGCCAUCAAGCAUCUGAGAUGUCACAACAAGAAUCAGAGUAUCAUAGUGACAGGUGAUAGYGGAUCAGGCAAAACUACACUAUCCAAUCAGAUAGUUGCAUUCAUUACCAAGGAGUCCACUGACCAUGACUUGGCUCAGUGCGUCAUCCAGGCAGGAAAAGUACUAGAAUCAUUUGGAAAUGSAUGCACUUCAAGGACUGACAAUGCAAGCAGAUUUGUCAAACUUACUGAGAUWUUUUUCACUGAGGAGAUCUACUUCAAAGGAGUUUAUUUUCAUCACUCCUUGUUGGAAAAAUCAAGAGUUGCACAACACAAAAAGGGAGAGAAGAAUUUYCAUAUUUUCUACCAAUUUCUUGGAGGUACUUCACAAGAAAAUCUGGAAAAGUAUUAUCUAUCCACGCCCGCCUUCCACAGAUGCAUUGGCGAUGAUGUUGACUUACAAGAUGAAGAGCACAAGUAUCAAGAAGAAUUGAACAAUGUGGAGGAAAAUUUAAAAUCCUUAGGAUUUAGUCAAGACAACGUAGACAACAUUUAUCGCAUUCUUGCGGCGAUCAUACAUAUUUGUGACCUGACCGUGACGCCAAAUCCUAAGAAGAAAGCAGUACUAAUCAAUGAUGCCAACAUACUUCUCAAAGCGAGUUCUCUUCUUCGAGUUACUCCUGAAAGACUGCAAUUCGCGCUUCUAACAGAGAUGACUUCUGUUAAAGGUCGCGUUGUACGACGAAUUAGAAGUUUAAAUGAAGUAGAAAAUGCAAGAGACAUGUUGGCCAUGACUUUAUACGCUCGCUUGUUUGCGUGGAUUGUUUGGAAUAUAAACCAAUACUUGGCACCAAAUGAUAGAACAAGGUAUUUACAAAAUACUAAAGUAUGCUUCUUCUACUUUGAUUUAUUAGUUACCGAGCUUUCGAACAACUUGUCCAUCAUAAGGGCGAAAUGAAAUUACAAUGCGUGAGCGGAACACUAUAGUAAUAUAACUGCUCUAGAGCGCGCAAAGUUCAAUCCAAACAUACUGCAAUUGCCUUGUUCGAUAGCUCGGUAAUUAAUGAAUUAACGUAAAAGAAGCACACCUUUAUAACAUGAAUCCUACGUACAAUAACGUUUUAACAAGGUAUUUUAAUACCUUAAUAGUUAAAACUAUUUCUUAGAUAAUCGAUGGUAUCGAUACUGUAGAUGAGUAUGGAUAUCACUGUCCGUUAUAUAAAUACAAUGAAAUACCAGUGUAUCUCAACCGUAACGAAGUGAUACAGUCAGCCCCAUUAACGUUGUUCAGUUGUAAGGACCUAAGGACAACAACAAAAAAGUCAUUUCCAUAAAAAAAAGUUUUUAAAAAUUUCCCAUGAAGGUUUUUGAUUCUAAAAUUUAGAUAAAUAGCGAAUUAAAUGUUACCGACAUUGUAAAGAAGUUUUGGAACUUUAUUUUUAAUAUUCUUGCUAGGAAAUAAAAGUGUUAUAUAUGCAAAUGACUUUGUUGUUGUCUUCAUGCCAUUACAACUGAGCAACGCUAAUGGGAUUGGGUCAUAGUUAGAUUGGGUGCACCAUGCGAAAGAUACCAUGAUGGAUACUCUUGAUGGAUUGUCCUAUUUCUUGAAUUGAAGUUUACAUAUUAUUAAAAAAGAACGAAGUUUCAACGAACGAUGUGGUUUUGAAUUAAUUCCAAAGUAAGUAAUAUAUAAGAUAUGAGCGGGAGAC